AUGCCUCCCAAACGUGGUAAAACAACAGCCGGCAAAGCAGCAACGGCAGCGGCGACAGCGCCAAAGAAACGCGCCUCGAAAUUGGCAAAGGAGAACGACAUCACCGCCGACCAAGAAAACGAAAUCCUCGAAGCCUUUGCCUUGUUCGCCGUGACAGACAAAUCAGACUACUCGGACGAGAAAGAAGGAGUUCUACGGACAGAAGAUGUGCGACGCUGCCUCAUCGCUCUAAACACACCACCCACCUCCGCCGCUGAGUUGUCAGAGAUCCUCGAAGCUGUAGAUCCAGAAGAGAGUGGCUUCGUCACCUAUGCGCAUUUCGUCGCUGUCGCAGCACUCAAACUACACGCAAAACACAAUGAUCCUGAGCAACAGAAUGAAGAGGUCGAUGCUGCCUUUACUCUAUUCACACGCGGAGAGGGCGACUUCAUUACACUGGCUCAUUUGAGGCGUGUCGCGCGCGAACUCCGAGAAGACGUUCCAGACAAGAUGCUUAGAGAUAUGAUCAAAGAGGCUACCAGCGGAGGUGGUCCUGUUGUUGGUAGAGAAGACUUUGAAGGCGUCAUGAGAAGAGCUGGUGUAUUUGGUUGA